AUGAAAAUACCAGAAGAUAUAGAUUUUCUUUUGUCACAAAGUCAAAAAGGAAGACCGGGAUAUUUAGCUGGAAUUGAUAAAAAACUUUCUGAUGUAGACACAACGACCGAUGAUGAUGUAGAUAUUUGUGAAGAGCAUAUCCUUGGUGUUCCACUACUUGAAUCCGGAAAAGCAGCAUCUGCUGUAUAUCAACUUCUUGAAGAACACCAGCUAAGUGAAAGCGUCAAAGCUCUUUGUUGCGAUACUACGGCAUCAAACAGUGGCCGAAUAAAUGGCGCUUGCGUUCUUCACAUCUACGAACUAAUUUUAAAAUGUGCCUUCUAA